AUGUACUCAAAAUUGGUUUGCUGUGGCUUCAAUCAUAGAGCACACACUAACAACGCUAAACGUGGCAAAUCUGAACAUUCAAGAGGCAAUGCAGGAUGCUACCAUUGUGCUUACCUAAUCUUGUCACUUCUUAGCAUUGGAGAGCGUGCAGGUAUUAUGAUAAAGAGAUAUGACUUUAGUGAUCCACAGGCUGGAAAAGAUGUUUGCGAUAGAAGAACUGCUGCACUGAAGGCUCACAUGCGACGUUACAUAAAUAAAGGUAAGAUUUUUUAUUGUUUGUCACUUUGGGCCAGUGCAACAAAGAAAAACAUUGCUCAACUUCAGAAAGUGCGGCUACACCACCCCCACAUUAAAGCAACUUGAAAAGUUGCCAGUGGCUUGGCAACUUGAGGUGAAAGACGCUGUACCCUGGCACAUCUGUUGUUCACUCUCUAAAUACUAUACACAGAAACAAGUUGGAUGUACUGCUAUUCUGAGCAGCUACCGGUCAGCGGUCAUUUGUGUACAGAGCCACCCGGCUAUGGAAUGAAGUUGACCUCGGACUCUAACUGAUGUGAAUAAUUUGAUUAAUUUUAUGUAUGUUCUUACUUGAAAGUCGCGCUUGUGAACAUUUUAUAGUUUCAUAGAACCUAGACCUAGACUCUUUUUAUACCAGCCAGUAUAGUUUUCAUCCGUAUUUCUAGUUUUUGGAUGCAUUUGUUGCUAAAAAAAAAAAAUUUAAUCGAGUGACAAAUAAAAUUGCUACAGACAUAAAAACUGCUAUUGAUUCCUAUGGUGGAGUUAAAGGGUGCCAUGCAGCAGUUGUGAAGAUUCAGGAGUCUAACCAAACAAUGAAGAAGCACACAAUGACCGGAAUUCAGGCUCUCAAUAAUUUCAGCUUCGAGUCAGCUGGUUUGCGAGUAUGGAGGGCCUACAAUGUGGAGUCUGGAAAGCUUUUCACACCAACACAGGUGAAGCCAUUUGGUUUGCCUCAGGGGCCUACUGGUCUCCAAGUCGUGCAGCCCUUUAGCAUACCAUGGGAGGAUGUUAGUGUCUUUAGAUCUGUGUCAACAAGGGUGAAGUGCGUGUGUCCUCAACCUUGUCCUCCACAACCUGUUGAAGAUUCCCCGGCUGAUGAAGCUACACGAGCUUUCUUCUCCUGUCCUGAGGAAGGAUGCAGAAAGACAUACCAGUCUUUUACAAAUCUGCAGAAACACCUGGAUGUGGGUAAACAUCUUGUAAAAUUAGAGAGAGAAUCGACCUUCGACAGUGUAAAGAAGAAAUGGGCUGAGAUGUGCAAAGAGGUCUGGGGGAGCUACAUACACAGAGAAACAGCUUCCAACCCGCAAACAUCUAGGUAUGAUCCCACUUGCCAGAUCUCCAGCGGAUGGGCAUUAAAAACAUAA